AUGUCGGCUCCUCAGAGUGUGCAGUGCUUCGGCAAGAAAAAGACUGCCACGGCAGUCGCCCAUUGCAAGAAAGGAAAGGGCCUCAUCAAGGUCAACGGCCGCCCUCUCUCCCUCGUGCAACCCGAGAUCCUCCGCUUCAAGGUCUACGAGCCUAUCCUGAUCAUCGGUCUGGACAAGUUCGCCGAAGUCGACAUCCGUGUCCGAGUCACCGGUGGUGGUCACACUUCCCAGAUCUACGCCAUCCGACAGGCAAUCGCAAAGUCAAUUGUCGCCUACUACCAGAAAUACGUCGAUGAAUACGCCAAGAACCAACUGAAGCAAGCCCUUGUUCAGUACGACCGCACACUGCUCGUUGCCGACAACAGACGGUGCGAACCCAAGAAAUUCGGUGGUCCAGGUGCCAGAGCCAGAUACCAGAAAUCCUACCGUUAA